UUCUAAGAAGGAGAAGCUUAAGGGAGGAUUAGAGCCCAGUGGACCAGCUGGCCGCCGAAUUCAUCCCCAAAAUAUUUCAGGAAUGUUGAUAUCCUCUCUCGUGUAGGUUGAUGGUGGAACCUGAUGGAGGCGCUGUUCCAUACCGAAACCAUCCAACAGGUUGCUAGGUAAAGAGCUGUGGAAGCAGUGCAGUCAAACACACAGCUCCAGCAGGUUCUAAGAGGAAGGAGAAGCAGGUGUUUGUGGACAUCUAUCUCAUCUACACGGAACGAUUCAGCUCAAUUCAAUCCGUGCGUCACGCGUAAUUACGCACGGCUAUGCGUAAAAGUUAUAUUUUUUGGACUCUUAUUGCACAUCCAGUUUUGAGGAUUUUUUUUUUUUUUUUUUAAUGACAACAGAAGAAACCCGGGUCUGUUCUACUCCAGGAUUCUAAACAGCGCUUUUCAUCGAGUUUAUACAAAGGGCUGUCUGUGUGCAGUCUGUGCUGCAGGUAGAUAACUGCGCUCAGUUUCUUUUUUUUUCAUCCACAAGGUGAAGCGGAAGCAAUGUUUCUUGGGGAAUUAACCACCUCGAUGUUUCCCGUUUUGGCUUGAUCACCUUCACAGCCUGAUAAAGGGUGUUAAACCCAAACACUGAGAGCUGGAUCUGAUGAAAUGGAUCGGAGCUGAUGCCCACAAGUCCCAGUCCGCCCCCCCUUGGACCCCUUGGACCCCUUUGGUCACAGGUAGAGAGAUGGCAGCGGUUGCGGAUGUGCUGCCUGUACCUGGAUUUGUGGUUGGGAGUGUUUUACUGCUGGUGCUGAUCAGUGAUCCAGUGUGGGGGAAUUACACACUUCCAAGAGACAUCCGGUCUAAAAAUGACACUGGUCCUGACAUCGCAGCCAUCGUGGCCCCUACGGUCACCCUGGGCGUUCUGGCUAUAGUCGCGGCGGUUCUAGCGUGGUUAUUCUGUGUAGUUAAAAAGAAGAGGCAGACUGAGGGGACGUACAGACCCAGCGCCGAGGAGCAGUCCGGUGCACGGAGCGUGGCCGCACCAGAUGCACUAAAGUUACCGAAGGAGGAAAGACUCAUCUGACAUUUGGUGCAACAUCUGUUAAAGCACACUGGGAGCAAAUGUGUGCACGGCAGAAACCCUGUGUGACCAGAAGUGAUCACUGACGGAGAACGUUUAGCAGAGGAUUUAACACAACAAAAUAUGAUGCAUUUCAUUUUUGACUUCAUCUCAAUAAGCUGUGAGCGGCUCCUAAAUGGAACUAUGAGGAAAAACAGCAGGACGGACACUACAACGAGCAGAUUAUACAGAAGGAUUCCAGCAUUUCAUUGGUACAAAUGUAAUAAGAACUGCAGUAUUUUAUCACCAGGAAUAAUUUUAGUGUAGUUUUUUUUUCUUCUUUCAGCUGCUGUUUACCAUGUGCCUGCACUUGCUUUAACUUUCUGAGACCCAGCAAUGUGUUUUUGUCCUCUGCAGGGGACAAAAGUUUGACGGGUUUACUUAAAAAAUGCUGUCUAUUGCAAAGGAUAUUCCAUUAAAGAAAGAAAGAAAGAAAGAACGAA